GCUCCUGUGACGUCGCCGCGCAGCCAGAGUGACAGCGGAAGAGCAGCCGCGUUUAUUUACGCCCGCAGAAAACGCCUUUAAUUCGCUUUUAUUUUGGAUUUUUUUUGUGUUUUUUUCCGGGUGAGACGGAGAGAAGCGGCGGGCCCCGGUGCGCUGUGAGGCCCGGGCGGCUGGAGCGCGCUCUGCCCCGGCCUGCUGCUGCUGCUGCAUGCUCCGGGGCGGACACGGCGGCGGUGACGGAGGCCAGAGCCCGAGAGAGGCGAGGCUUCUGCGGGGAGAGACGGAGCGACGGGCCGGUGUGAGGUGGAUGGGCGCCCCCUAGCGGCAGCAUGAGUGCAGAGCCGGACGCCCUGGCUGUGGUGAACCAGCUCCGGGACCUGGCCGCGGACCCCAUGAACCGCCGGGCCAUAAUCCAGGACCAGGGCUGUCUACCCGGACUCAUCCUGUUCCUGGACCAUCCCAACCCACAAGUGGUCUACUCCGCUCUGCUGGCGAUCCGGUAUCUGUCCGAAUGCAGCGCCAACAGAGAGAAGCUGAAGGGAGAGCUGGGCAUGAUGCUCAGCCUCCAGAACGUGGUCCAGAAGUCCACGACUCCCGGAGAGACGAAGCUUCUGGCGUCGGAGGUGUACGAGCUGCUCCAGACGACGGCGGCUCCGGAGCCCGAGGCCAGGGACCCGCCCAGCGCCCGCAGGAAGGCCCACUUCUUCCUGGGAGCAAGUAACAAGCGCGCCAAGACCGUCAUCCUGCACAUCGACGGGCUGGACGACCCGACUCGUCGUGGUCUGUGUGAGGAGGCCCUGCUGAGGAUCAGAGGAGUCAUCAGCUUCACGUUUCAGAUGGCGGUGAAACGCUGCAUCGUUCGGAUCCGCUCGGACCUGAAGGCCGAGGCUCUUGCAUCUGCGAUUGCCUCCACACAGGUCAUGAAGGCCCAACAGGUCGUCAAAGGAGAGAACGGAGAAGAGGUGCUGGUGCCGUUCCCGGAGGACAGCUCUGUGGAGGUGGAGCAGAACCAGGACUUGCCGGAGUACCUGCCCGAGGACGAGAGCCCGUCCCUGGACCCGGACCGGGCCGUGACCCGCGUGGGCUCCGCAGAGGGAGGGGCCGGCUGGUUAGGCGCCGCCGCCAACUUCCUGUCGCGCUCCUUCUACUGGUGACAUCACUUCCUCCCCAGAUGUCAGUCAAAACGGAAUGAUUGGCGGAGCGUCGCGGUUCGGCCCGGUUUGGAUCACAAACAAAAUCCACCAGUGUUCAAUUUCAGAACAAUUUAUAAUUCCUCUCAAUUUACAUGAACAUUAUUUUUACUACAUUUUCUGAACCUUUACUGCACCUCACAUGUGAGAAGGGGUUUGGACCUGGUUUGGACCUGGUUUGGACCUUUUUUAGACCUGGUUCGGACCCUUUUUAGACCUGGCUUAGACCUGGUUUUGACCUUUUGUAGACCUGGUUCAGUUUGGACCUGGUUUGGACCUGGUUCAGACCUGGUUUAGAUCUGGUGUAGACCUGGUUUCGAUCUGGUUUAGACCAGGUUUAGACCAGGUUUAGACCUGGUUUAGACCAGGUUUAGACCUGGUUUGGACCUGGCUCAGACCUGGUUUGGACCUUUUUUAGACCUGGUUCAGUUUGGACCUGGUUUGGAUUUGGUUCAGACCUGGUUUGGACCUUUUUUAGACCUGAUUCAGACCUGGUUUGGCUCUGGCUUGGACCUGGUGUAGACCUGGUUUAGACCUGGUUUGGACCUUUCUUUUUUAGACCUGGUUCAGAGCAGGUUCGAACCUGGUUUGGCCCUGGUUUAGACCUUUUUUAGACCUGGUUCGGACCUAGUUUAGACCUGGCUUAGACCUGGUUCGGCCCUAAUUUAGACCUGGUUCGGACCUGGUUUGGACCUUUUUUAGACCUGGUUUGGCCCUGGUUUGGCCCUAGUUUAGUCCUGGUGUAGACCUGGUGUAGACCUGGUGUAGACCUGGUGUAGACCUGGUUUAGACCUGGUUUAGAACUGGUUUAGAACUGGUUUAGAACUGGUUUGGACCUGGUUUGGACCUGGUUUAGACCUGGUUUGGACCUGGUUUAGACCUGGUUUGGACCUGGUUUAGACCUGGCUUAGACCUGGUUCGGCCCUAAUUUAGACCUGGUUCGGACCUGGUUUGGACCUUUUUUAGUCCUGGUUUAGACCUGGUGUAGACCUGGUUUGGACCUGGUUUGGACCUGGUUUGGACCUGGUGUAGACCUGGUGUAGACCUGGUGUAGACCUGGUGUAGACCUGGUUUAGACCUGGUUUAGACCUGGUUUGGACCUGGUUUGGACCUGGUUUGGACCUGGUUUGGACCUGGUUUAGACCUGGUUUGGACCUGGUUUAGACCUGGUUUAGACCU